UAGCAGAAGCAGAAUAGUAACAGAAGUUACAAAUGCAUGAAGAGAUGAUGGAAAAAAGAAAAGUAAAGGAGAGAGGCCAUUGGGCUAGUAAAACUGAAUUCCUACUGGCUGUAGCAGGAGAUAUAGUGGGCCUGGGCAACAUUUGGAGAUUCCCCUACCUCUGCUACAGGAAUGGAGGGGGGGUGUUCUUGGUGCCCUACCUGGUGCUUGCUGUGACCUGUGGUUUGCCCCUAUUCCUUCUGGAGACAGCUAUGGGACAGUACACACAAGAGGGGGGCAUCACGUGUUGGCAGCGUAUUUGUCCACUGGCUAAAGGUGUUGGAUAUGCCUGUCAGUUGAUCGAACUCUAUAGCUGCAUGUGCUACAUCAUAAUACUUGCCUGGGCACUGCUUUAUUUGGUCUUAUCCUUCAAGUUCCAGCUUCCCUGGGCCAGCUGUGACAACAUCUGGAACACAGAUGACUGUAUACCUAUUGGAAAUAAACUUAACUGGACAAGCCAGACCAACUCAACACCAGCAGCCACUGAAUUUUGGGAGAGAAGAGUGCUUUCUAUCUCUAAAGGCAUUGAAGAUCUGGGAAACGUUAACUGGGAGAUUCUCUUGUGUCUAAUCGCGAUGUGGAUCCUCUGCUAUUUCUGUAUCUGGAAAGGAGUCAAGUCUACAGGGAAGGUGGUGUAUUUUACAGCCACAUUCCCUUAUGUGAUGCUGCUGGUGUUGCUGAUUCGUGGACUGACUCUCCCUGGAGCCAUGCAGGGUGUUAAGUUCUACCUCUAUCCUGACUUUAAACGGCUGUUGGAGCCUCAGGUAUGGAUGGAGGCAGCCAGUCAAAUUAUCUACUCAUACAGUAUAGGUGUUGGCGUAUUGACUGUGCUAGGCAGCUACAACCAAUACAACAACAACUGCUACAGGGAUUGCUUUUGGCUGUGUCUGCUAAACAGUGGCACCAGUUUUGUAGCAGGCUUUGCAGUGUUCUCAGUUCUGGGCUUCAUGGCUCACGUGCAAGGUGUUCCUAUAGAGGAUGUGGCAGAGUCAGGUCCUGGCCUAGCUUUCGUAGCUUAUCCUCAGGCAGUUGCUAUGAUGCCUCUUCCUCAGCUGUGGGCUGUGUGCUUCUUUGUUAUGAUUAUUCUGCUGGGUCUUGACACACAGUUUCUUACAAUGGAGGUGAUCAUUACAUCAGUGACAGACAUGUUUCCCCGAGUGCUGCGUAGAACUGGACGCCGAGAGAUUUUCCUGCUUCUCUUCUGUGUUUUCUGUUUCUUCUGCCAAUUCAUCAUGGUCACAGAGGGGGGGAUGUAUGUAUUUCAGCUGCUUGACUACUAUGCCUGUAAUGGAGCAUGCAUCGUUUUCAUCUGUGUUUUUCAGUGCCUGGCAGUGAGCUGGGUCUUCGGCACUGGACGAAUGUCUGAGGUCAUUGAAGACAUGACAGGGUCAUACCCUAACAUCAUCUUUAGGAUGUGCUGGAAAUACAUCACCCCAUGUCUCUUACUGGUAUGUUUCAUAUAUUCCUUCGUUGAUUAUCAGCCCUUGAAAUACAACCGCUGGUAUGUGUACCCAGACUGGGCAUAUGCACUGGGGUGGUUGAUGGCUCUCUCUUCCAUGCUGCUGGUUCCUGGAUGGGCUUUGGGCCGCCUUUGCACAUUGAAAGGAAGCCUCAGACAGCGCUGGCUUCACCUGUGUCAUCCUGACAGCAACUUACCAUUGACCCAGAAGCAGAGAGCUAAAAUGGAGUUAUUGACAUCAGCAGUUUGACAAAGCCAACAAUACUGAGAAAUGUGAACUUUGCAAUACUAAACAAGCAGUGCCUUUGAGAUGUGGUGAACUGCACAAUGAGGGAAUCUAGUAUACGAAAUUUACUUUCAAUUAAAGAUUCAAACAAAUUUUUUUAUUUCAGCAUUCUGCUUUUUUUGUUUAAGAAUUUGCCAUUUCAGCAUUUGUAUUGGAUUGCAGUUGUUUAACACAUUGAACAGUUGAGACACAAUAAACAUAAGAGUGUCUCAGAAGCACAUGGUCUCAGAUUGUAAUUGAGUGAUGCUGGGUGUGAGAAAUAUACUAAAUAAUAAAAGGUAACACCUUCUUGGCCAGGACUGUUUCAAGUAAGACUUUUUAGUAACACUUCGAACCAUGACACACAUCAAACCUUGUAAUACACUUAUCAUGCCUUCUGUCUUAAGUUGUCAUAACAGUUGAUGUCCACUAAUAUAAGUGUUAUGUUACCAUUAUCAGUAACUGUCAUGACAGCUG